AGCGCUCCUGCCUGGGCCGAGGCGGCUGAGAGGACUGACACAGGACAGGUGCUGGCUGUAAGAGCAAGAGAAGAGAGAGAAGAAGAAGGGGAGAGGAGACGCCAGAGCAAGGAGACCGGGGAGGACAGAUCCCAUCCUUGCAGCACGAGCAGCUGGUGAGAAGUAGCAGGUGAUUGUGUGACUCGCAGCCACAGGCUCAUUAUGGCUCAGGUGCUGCAUAUGGACCCCAGCUUCCCAGGGAAGCUCAACCCGCCUGCUCCCCCUACCCUGCACAGCAAAGAACAGGAGGCGCCCUACUCAGUGGAGACCCCCUAUGGCUACCGUCUGGACCUAGACUUCCUCAAAUAUGUUAACGACAUAGAGAAGGGAAACACCAUCAAGAAGGUCCCCAUCCAGCGCCGGUCACGCUAUGGCUCCUUGCCCCGUGGCUAUGGCUACACUGGCUCCUGGUGGACGUCCACAGAGUCUCUGUGCUCCAAUGCCAGCAUGGACAGUCGGCACUCCUCCUUCUCCUACUGCGCCCCGGGCUACCACAGCUCACAGAGGCCCAGCUUCAGCACUGCCCGAGUGGAGAAAACCCUGCUGGAUGCGCGCAGGAAGCUGGAAGAGGAGAAAGAGGGACGGAGAUUUUCCAACCUGGGCAGCAUGCACAGCAGUGUGGCAGGAUCCAACACCUCCCUCAGCAGUGCACACAGCUUCAACCGGGCCCAGGGUGGAGGAGGCUCCUUCACUCCCAUGAGUUCUGGCCUGUCCACCCCAGUGUCGCCCACCCCUGCCCACCUGCAGCAUGUCAGGGAGCAGAUGGCGGUGGCUCUCAGGAAGAUCAGGGAGCUAGAGGAGCAGGUGAAGACCAUCCCUGUGCUGCAGGUCAAGAUCUCGGUCCUGCAGGAGGAGAAACGUCAGCUCAGCGUCCAGCUGAAGAGCCAGAAGUUCCUGGGACACACGUUGGGUUUCAACCGCGGCCGUCCACGAGGAGAGCUCUACAUCGACAUUCCUGAGGAAGAAGGGAACGCCGGGGCCAAGUGCUCCAACAAGCCAGCAGAGUCACUGUCGCCCCUCACUCCUGAUGGCUCCAAGCAAGAUUCAGGGUGUGAGAUUGAAGAUACAGUGAUUGUGAGUGGUGCACGGCCACACGCAAAGCGGGAGGUGCGCACUAUUGGAGUGGGAUCGGAUGAUGAGAGGAGCAGUCGUCAGGUGGGAGUCGGGGUUCGGGAGCAGGAUCUGGGGCUGCUGCCUGAAACAGAGGCUCUGAGGAGUCAAGUGGGUCAGCUUGAGGGCCAGCUGAAGAGGACGCUGCAGGAGCUGCAGGCUGUACAGCAGCAGGUACAGGCAGCACAGAGGGAGAGGCAGGCUCAGGCCCCUCAGGCAGAGCACCCGGUCAUGGCCACCAGCGUGGGCUGGCAGGAGCCACAGGGCCGCAGCCUGCAGACCCUGGUCAGCUUCACCCAGCAGCCUCAGCAGAGGGAACAGAGAACUGUGGGAAUCCAGGUGUAUACACUGGAGCAGCCCACCGUGGUGGAGGUGGGCACACUGCUCCGAGCAGAGAGCUGCGUCUCCCCCUCCCUUAAAUCAGCUGGUGUCGUCCUGGAGGGUCACCACAGAGGACAAGCUGGUGCUCCAGGUUUGGAAGACGCUCCACUUGAGUUGCCGAUUGCAAUCAGCUCCAAGCAGGUGCGGGAUGUCCUAAAGAGUGAGGUGUCCACUUCAGUACCUGUAGCUAAUCCUGCCAUUGUCAUGGGCACAGCGGCUGAACAGAUUGCUUCAUUGCAUGUGAAAGGAGAGACAAACCAGAACACAGAAGCCGUCCAGUCUCAAGAAGGCGUAUCUAAGCCAGCCUCAGCCUCUCCCCAGUCCUCUCUGAGGUCCAUCAUGAAGCGGAAAGCAGAGGGUGAACCUGGCUCUCCCACCACCAAGAAAAACCUACAGUUCAUUGGAGUCAAUGGAGGUUAUGAGUCCACGUCAUCAGAGGACAGCAGCAGUGAAAGCUCUGAUGAAAGUGACUCCAGUGAAUAUCAUGAAGCCAGAGAGAAACUACCAGAGUCUAUAGUCCUGCACCAGCAAAUAACAGUUCACACAGAUGAGGCUACCCAGCCCCAAGAAACCAACAUCACACCUCCGCAGACGUCCAGCAAUCUACCAGCAGUAACUCCAGACCCUCCACAGAGUCCCAGCCAGUCUGCAGACACAGACACCGCACUGCAACAUGAAGCCACCCAGUUACCAGCAGCAGAUACUGUGGUGCAAAAAUGUGCCUCUCAGCCACCAGCGUCCUCCGGUCCUGCCCUUACGUCCCCAAGUCCAGCAAACAGCUCUGCCCUUAAAGAGACCACAGUCACCCAGGAGAGUACAUCCCAAUCAUCAAGCACUGAAUCCACUCCUGAAGGAAGCUCUAUACACUCCUCAGUUACUUGUUCCACAUCACUGUGUGCCACUCAAACUAAAACCACUGAGAUUACCAAGCAGCAAUAUACCAUCCAAUCAGAAACAGUUGUCGUCAGUGACAAGCAUGGAGCCAGCCAAACAGACUCUGAACAAAUCUCCCAGCAGAGGACGAUCCAGUCCUCUUCUUCAAAGCCAGCAGCUGAAAGCAACCCAGUCGACACUGCAGCAGCCAAACAGCAAAUCAGACUGGAACUGAGCGACGGCCUGAUGUCAGCUCUUCACGCCCUGCAGAAAGCCCUUGGAGAGCCCAACGCCUUCAGCCAACAAGCAGCGAGGACAGCCUACACCACAGUGCUGCAGGAGUGGCUGCGCGUGUCCUGUCACAAGGCAGCAGACACGGCUGUUGUCAGGGCCUACAUGGACACCUUUGCCUCCAUCUCCCCUCAGCUGCUGGAGUUUGUGAUCAACAUGGCCGACGGCAACGGGAAUACAGCGCUGCACUACACUGUUUCCCACUCCAACUUCCCUGUGGUGAAGCUGCUGCUGGACACUGGUCUGUGUAACGCUGACAAGCAGAACAAGGCGGGCUACACGGCCAUCAUGCUGACGGCUCUGGCUGCCUUCCACUCUGACAGUGACCUUCACACCGUCCUGCAGCUGCUGCGCACAGGGGACGUCAACGCCAAGGCCAGCCAGGCUGGUCAGACGGCGCUGAUGCUUGCCGUCAGCCACGGGCGAGGCGACAUGGUGCGGGCGCUGCUGUCCUGCGGCGCGCAGGUCAACAUCCGCGAUGACGACGGCUCCACUGCGCUCAUGUGUGCCUGCGAGCACGGCCACGUGGACAUCGUGCGCCAGCUGCUGUCUGUGCCGGGCUGUGAUGCCACUCUCACUGAUAACGACGGCAGCACCGCGCUGUCCAUCGCCCUGGAGGCCAGCCAGAAUGACAUCGCUGUACUUCUUUACGCUCAUCUCAACUUUGCUAAGCCUCCUUCCCCUGUUUCACCAAAGUCUCCUCUCCUGGGUUCGUCUCCUCCUGCCGGUGACACCAAGUGAAGCACACACUGCCUCUGUGACGGACACCAGCUCCUCAGCCGCUCCACAUCUGUCCAUAUCUCAGUGUAAUUUUUUUGCACCUUCGUAUUUGAGCGAUAUAAGGCGUGUGUGUGUGCGUGUGUAUGUCUGUGUUGUGUGUCCGUCUGUUUUGACUUUCCAUAAUUCACAUACAGUCUUUGUAAUUGUAUGACAGCUAGCACUUGGCACCGUUGUAACUCACUGCCUUUUGCAUACAGUUUUCUGUUCCUCUCUAAUCACAGCCAUGGUUGAAAUACACACAUUUUAAUUGAGCACCUAGACAUCAUUUCAGUCCAGCAAUAACUCCGUUUCCAGUGCUGUUUCAAGUGGCACUUUGUGUAUCACAUUAUACAGUUCACUAUUAUAGACUCGUUUUUGUAAUCCAGUAUGGAUUUUGUGCUAGUCUCUUUUGAAAGCAGUGUAUUUUCAUUGUAAUCCAUACCAGUUGCUGUGACACAAUGGAAAAAAAAAUUGCGUCGCCAUUCACAAUCAUUCAUGGAAUAACAAAAGCCACCCUCCUCACGGUGAAGUGUCCUUGAUCAGUUGCAUCAAUUCGCUGAUUGGUGCUACACAAUGAAAAAAAAAAUCAGUACAGAAAACACCUCUUCUUUAACAGUAUAUCAAGAUUUAUACACAAGAUUUAUUUACUCUAGAAUAUUUUUGAUAGUGCGUUUUUAAUCUAAUUGAAUUCAGGAUUUCCAGGGAUCACGAUUUUAUUUCCCAGGCAGCAGUGGACUUCCCAGACCUUUACAGAGGACACUAAUCUUCUCUUGUUCUUAGGAGUUUAAUUUAUUUUCUUAACUUUUCACUUUCGUUUCAAUUCUUUGAACGUCGGCGAGGUUACCCUGUACUUUGUGUGUCGACCACGUUUCCCGAAAUAAAUCCAAAGACGUGUUCACCCAUAGCAGCUCUGUAAAAUUGUAUAUUACGGUCAUCGUAUCAGUGUGCGUCAACACAGUAGAAGAGAGAGGAUUUGUGAUGAAGCUGUCAAGGUUUUUCCCUGAGUUUUAUGGUACUACAGUCUGUAUUUUUGUACACGAAGGUAUUUUGAGUGGCGGUAAGGAAAGAUUUAGAGCACAUCUGUGCUCCUAAGACGUUUUGCUCGAGCUCUGAGUGAAAGCACUGUAGCCAGGUCACCUCCUCAGUGGUCAUCCUGUUCAGUUUUGUUCGGCAGCCAGAAAGUGACUGAUUGGAGACUUUGAAGGAUGUGCCGUGUAAGAUAAGAAUAUCAAAAAUAAUAUAUGUCAUUAUUAUAAACCAGUAGUGAUGCCUAGAAACAGAUU